AUGCUCACCGCUCCAAUUCGCCUGAUUCAGGUAAAAUUCUCUUCACACACGCCCAAACAUGGCAACAAUCCCGGAAGCUUUGGAUCCCACCCAGUCGACACCCCAGCUUCCCAGCCUCUUCCGUCAACGAUGUUUUCGAGCCAUUCUUCAAGCAAACCAGCAGAAGUAGUCGCACCAGACUUCUAUGUGGAAGUCCAGAAAGCAGUCGAAGAGACUGCUAGAAGGUCUGAAGCAAUGAGGCAACAUCUGCUGGACGAACAACGUGCAGGACAAAGGAGGAUGGAGAAGAGACUGGAGGAGCUGAGAAGCCAGUUGGAAAGAGCCCCCCAGCCGAAAAUCAGCCAAGAGGCGCUCAAACAAUUGGAAGGAGAGGCAAGAAAGUUGGUGGAAGAGACAGAGGAGGAGGCGAAGAGAAAGCUGAAUUGCUUGGCUAUACUCAGCGAAGAGCUGAGAAAACGCCGAGAGAAGACCCAGCAGAAGAAGGAGAAGCUGAGAGUACAGAUGAGAGGAGCCGAGGCACGAUCCGAGAAGAUCGGAACUUCCAAAGAAGCUAUCAAGGAAGCAGUCUCUAAGCAGCUAGAGAAGAACAAGGACUCGAUAGAAGCAAGGUGCUCAUAUCCCCACCAGGCCACCGGAGACGUCUCAAAUACUGUCAAUUCAGUGGCAAUCCCACCAGCAAUACCAAGAUCAAUCAACUUUACCACCAACAAAGCGUCGUUUGAUUCCUCGUGA